AUGCCUUCAAUAUCUCAUCACUUCUUUGAAUUAAAUUCACCAAAAUUUAAAUCUAAUGAUAAAUCAUUACAGAAUAUCAAUGAUAUAAAUGAUAUAAAUAUUUUUCCUUGUAACUUACCUGAAUCAAAAAAUUUAAGUGAUUAUCAUUCUCAUCGUCAUUACCCUUCAAUAUCUUCUACUUCAUCAUCAUCAUCUUCUUCAACUUCUUCUUCCACAUUAACAAUGACAUUAAAAUCAUCAACGACGAAUACGACAUCUUCAGUAUCAUCAUCAACAACAAAACUUGAAAGAAAUAAAAAAAGAGGAAUUCCUUCUAUAAUGAAAUAUCCUGAUUUCCCGGUGAAAGCUCAAUGUCCAAAAUGUAGUAAAUUUAUUACUACUAAAAUUUAUCAUAAAAAUGGAAAAUGUGUUUAUGUAUUAGCUAUGGGAUUAUUUAGUUUAACUGUUGUACUAUUCUGGGUUCCAUUCUUUGUGGAUUCUUGUAAAGAUAUAACACACAUUUGUCCUAAUUGUGAUACUCGUUUAGGAACACGACAUCGAUUAUAA